GUAUGUACAAGGAUAUUUAUAAUAGCGACACAUUGUAAGCAACCUAGAUGCCCAACAACAGACCUGUUUAAAUUACAGUGCAUCCAUAUAAUGGAAUGCUUUGCAGGUGUUUAAAAUAAUUGCAUGGAUACCUGCAAACAUAAAAAUAUGUCCAUAUGUUCUGAUAAAAAACAAGACUCCUAAACAGUGUAUGUUUUUUUUAAACAAAUUGAUUAUGUGUAGCAAAAGGCUGGAGGACAUCUGUUAAAUAAAACGUUUACAGUGUUUAUCCCUGGUGGGUGUAACUAUUGUUGUUCUCACUUUCUUCUUUUCCACCUUUAUGUAAUGUCUCAACGUUUUAUCAUUAGAAAAAAACAGUGAAGCUAUUUUCCGUUUGAAACAAACAAACAAAAAAAUGUAGAUAAAGAGGACUGGGGCUUAGGUGACUGAAAGCAAGUAUGUGAGACCCCGCCUUCAGGACCCUGCCUGUCACCCAACACUCAAGUUGCUAUCAGGAGCACUUCUCUCUGUUGCAGUGACUGGCUUCUGUCACGCAAUCCCCAGGUUAUAAAGAGAGGGGAGGACAGGCCUCAGGGCAGAGGCAGCAGCCCCAGGGUCGGCGGGCUGCGGCUUGCCAUGGGGAACACCAUCAGGGCCCUCGUGGCCUUCGUCCCGGCUGACCGCUGCCAGAACUACAUGGUCAGAGACCUCCAGGAGAUGCCGCUGGACAAGACAGUGGAUCUGAGCGGGAACAUGCUCCGUCGCUUCCCCGUGCACGUGUGCUCCUUCCAGCAGCUGGCCAAGCUCUACCUGAGUGACAAUCGCCUCAACAGCCUGCCUCCGGAGCUGGGGCAGCUGCAAAAUCUGCAAAUCCUGGCCCUGGAUUUCAACAACUUCAAGGCUCUGCCCCAGGUAGUAUGUACCUUGAAACAGCUCUGCAUCCUCUACCUGGGCAACAACAAACUCUGCGACCUCCCCGGUGAGCUGAGCCUGCUCCAGAAUCUCCAGACCCUGUGGGUCGAGGCCAAUUACCUCACCCAGCUGCCAGAUGUGGUGUGUGAGCUGAGUCUCCUUAAGACUCUGCAUGCUGGCUCCAACGCCUUGCGUCUGCUGCCAGGCCGGCUCCGGCGCCUCCGGGAGCUGAGGACCAUCUGGCUCUCAGGCAACCUGCUGACAGACUUCCCCCCUGUGCUGCUUCACAUGCCUUCCCUGGAGGUGAUCGAUGUGGACUGGAACAGCAUCCGCUACUUCCCCAGCCUGGCCCACCUGUCAAGCCUGAAGCUGGUCAUCUAUGACCACAAUCCUUGCAGGAAUGCGCCCAAGGUGGCCAAAGGGGUGCGUCGCGUGGGAAGAUGGGCGGAGGAGACCCCAGAGCCUGACCCCAGAAAAGCCAGGCGCUACGCACUGGCCAGGCAGGAAAGCCAGGAGGCACAAGUGCCUGCCCUGCCUCCUCUACUUCCGCCUAGCAACUCCUGAGAAGCUUCAGGUGUAGUUCAAUGCCAAGGACCCAACUCCAGCAUCUUCUGGAGACCUCUCCAUUAGAAUGCAAAGGACUUCUGCAGGACAGGUGGGGCAGCUCUGCCAGUGGAAAAUGGAAUAGUCAAAUGAAAUGCCUACC